CAGGAUAAUGUUAGGCUUAAUUAUGUAUACGUCAAUUCACCUAGUCACUUUCUGUCAUGGAUUAGUAAACCUUACCUUGCUUCGUCUUCCUUGAGAAUUGUGGAAUGCAUGAUACCGAAUAAUCUAGAUUUUUGUUUGUGUGUUGUCAAAAUGUUUUCUUUCGGAAUCUUGAUGUUAAUCGUUGGAGCGAACUCCUUUCACUUGAUAAGCGGUGCUGAGUGUCGUAUCCAUUUAUAUACCACUAGUGGCCGGUAGUCAUAUACGGAGUGGCCCAAACAAGGCACCACACAUACUCAUACACACAUUCAUUCCCUUAGCUUCGUCAGUCCCUAUUGGAAAGGGAUAGCGUCGUGCACAACCCUACUACUAGAGGAGCUUAGGCAAAACACAGCUGGCUACAUACUUCCACAGCAAGGCCCGACAGCAUAUCCUGAUCCACCCCUGUCGUACUUAAAUAAAAUUAAGACUUGCAAAACUAAAGCAAUGCAAUGGACAGGUUCUCCUUCGUCGGGGUGUUGACGGGGUCAGAGAUGGAGGGCCUAAAGAGCGAGCUGCUGCCUGACCUACGCCACCUUUACUCGAACCUGCACGGGCGCCACCUGCUCGUCACCACCAACAACAAUUGGCCUUUCUUCAGGAUCAACACCCUCAGGAACGGCACAGUCAUCCCCAUCUCGGGCGUGGACCUGCAGGUUAUCAACACCCUCAGCCAGUCACUAAACUUUACGUAUCAUCUCAUUCGACCGCCUGAUGGGAAGUGGGGCGGCCCGCACCCUGACGGCAGCGUGACGGGGCUAGUGGGGCAGGUCCACCGACACGAGGCCCACGCUACGCUUUGUGAACUCUCCAUCACAAGUAGCCGAGAAACUGUGGUGGAUUUCACAGUGCCGUACUAUAUGGAAUCAACCACGCUGGUGUCCGGAGCGCCUAAGGAAAAGAGCAGAACCUUCGCAGUCUUUUCUCCGUUCACGAUGGAGGUGUGGCUGUGCAUUGUGGCGGCAGUGGCGGCAGUGGGACCCUUCCUGUAUCUGGUGACGCGGCUGCUGGUACACGUGCUGGACCAUUCCGACCAGCCGCGCUACACCCCGCAGGAACUCAGCUUCAACAUGUACCGCAACCUGAUGGUGCAGAACAACCUCAUCGCCACCUCCAGCUGGGUUCUGAAGCUGAUUUUCUUCGGCUGGUAUCUCUUCUCUUUCUACAUCUACGCCAUGUAUUCUGGAACCCUGACGGCAGUGCUGGCUAUCCCGGCUUUUGAUAAGCCCAUCGACUCCCUGCAACAGCUGGCAGGCGCCCACCGCCGAGGUUACACCAUCGGCACCACAAGAGACUCCAGCUUUGAGGAGACCCUGAAGGUAUGACAAGGACGGUCUGCGUAGCCUGAAGGAAUAAGAUUACCUUUUUCACCUGUUUCAA